UUACAACCCACAGAAACAUUGCAAGGGAGGCUAACUCUUCUAUAUUCCUCAUCUAAGGCAAAAUCAUGAGUCAAAACCAGCUAUAGCUGCAAGAGGAGGUAUCUGCAAUCCGAAAUAACAGAUUGAAAGGAAUGAUGAGCAUUAUCUGAAGCUUUGAUGAAUGAGAUGAUAUACUGACAAUCCACUCCCACUUCCACUUCCACUUCCAGAUUGAGAUAUAUCAAGCGAGACAUAGCCAGUUCCAGUCCAUCCCUGAUGCCCCAAAAGUUCAGCUAGGAUAUUGGUUGCAAAACCAAUGUUCCUGCAGUAGCCUUUUUUCCACAGUCCCUAAUGAGACCACCUGAACCAGCAAUUUCAUCCUGUUAAUUUGUUCUUGCAAAGAAAGUGAUUUCUCUCGAAUAUUGCAGAUUAAAGUAAACACAUGGCGAAUGGAGAGCCCAGAAUCAGUGAGCAGAGAUGGUCGCUCAAGGGGCAGACAGCUCUUGUAACCGGGGGCACCAGAGGCAUUGGGCAUGCCAUAGUGGAGGAACUAGCUGGAUUUGGUGCCAGAGUACAUACGUGUUCCAGGAACCAAACAGAACUCAAUGACAGAUUAAAGGAAUGGAAAGCCAAAGGGUUUCAAGUGAGCGGUUCAGUAUGUGACUUGUUAUCAAGAACUCAGAGAGAAGAGCUUAUGAAGACUGUCUCCUCUGAAUUUGAUGCCAAGCUCAACAUCCUCGUUAACAAUGCUGCAACCACGAAAAUGAAACGAGCUGAGAAUUCUACUUCUGAAGAUUAUUCAUUUUUAAUGAGUACCAAUCUGGAAUCUUCAUUUCAUCUAAGCCAACUAGCUUAUCCACUGCUAAAAGCUUCAGCAAAUGGAAAUAUCGUAUUCAUCUCCUCUGUAGCUGGUGCCACGGCCCUACCGGGGCUUUCAAUUUAUUCAGCAACCAAAGGUGCGAUUAAUCAACUAACCAAGAAUUUGGCAUGUGAAUGGGCAAAGGACAACAUUCGUGUCAACACUGUUGCACCAUGGGCUGUUCGAACCACAGUUUUGAAACCAGAGGAGGCUGAUGAAUCACUGUUACGUAUGUUUUUCCCUUUGGUGAAUCGAACUCCUCUACGUCGAAUUGCAGAAGCUAAUGAGAUUUCACCACUGGUGGCAUUCCUUUGUCUUCCUGCUGCUUCAUACAUUACUGGGCAGGUUAUUUGCGUGGAUGGAGGAUUCACAGCGGGUACUUCCGGGGAACAGGACUAGCAAGGUCGAAUUCUCUCUCAAGUUCUCGGCUGUGACUUGAAAGCAUGGAUCCAAGACACUGUGGUUGCCACUAGCAAUAUACCAGUUCGGUCCGAUCUGAGUCGUCUAUUUAAAUGUUUUAAUUUUUUUUUUUCCAAUAGUUUGGUAAACAUUGGUGUACUUUACACAAAACGAAAUAAAUUAUUUUUUUGGAUGAUGUAACAGAGUUUUUUUUAGGACGGACCAGAGAAGUAUUUUGCUGGUGAAAGAAAGGUACAAUAAUUUACAAAGAAAAUCACAAAUGUCAUUGUGCCGAGCUCUGCUAAUGUUUAAACAGCUGUCUCUUGUUUAUCCCUUUAUUGCCUUCUUCUGAA